GAGUGAAAUAAUGGUUCAUGGUUGACUCGCCGGUAAAGAUCUGGAGUAAAGGAACCGUUCAAAAUGGAACCUCGUACGAGUAUGGCGUGUUGUGUAAUCUGUGAUGGAUGAAUAUCGCCAAAACUUUCUUGUCGUCCUCGCAACUCAAAAGCCGGCCUAAACCUCAGUGUCUUGUUCUAAACCCACGCUUCUCAGCCGUAAAUUCUCCCACUGUCAUCCACCAAUUUGCCACUGCCCACCGACAGUUUCUUGAUUUCCCGACGGUGGGUCGAUCUGGAUUCGAUUCACCGACGGCGCCUUCGAUUCAUCGUAAAUCGUGUCAGCGAUAAAGGUCGAGUCUUUAGAUUCCCCAAAUGGUCAGUUUCCCAAUCUCGAUCGCGCCGGUUGACGAACACGCAUCCAUCGACACAGCCAUGCCCAAAUCCGCGAAUUCACCCGACCCGUGUGGGAAAUUCCGGCAAAUCAACCGAGCCCAGAGAAAAACUCCGGCGAAGAGCCAGCUGAAAAACAUCCCGGCGUGUGAAAAAUCCCGGUCCGCCAUUCUCGACGUCAUGAUCUUGAUUGCAGUCAUCGGCGCCUGCGGGGUUCUCCUCUACCCAUACUUAGCGCUUCUCGCCCAGAAAUUCAUCGAAUUUCUCCAAUCAAUCGGCGGUGCGGUGAGGGAAGAGCUUCUCCGAGCUCCGAUGGUUUACAUCUGCUUAGGACUCAGCAUUUUCUUCGCCGGAAUAGCUCUCCUAGCCAUCACAAUCUGCACCAACAAGAAAUGUGGAAAACCAGGGUGCAAGGGGCUCCGAAAAGCCGCUGAAUUUGAUAUAGAGUUACAGACAGAAGACUGUGUAAAGAGCCUGAAAUGCGCCGGAAAAAAUGGAGUAAAGAAGGGAUUAUUCGAGCUUCCUCGCGACCACCAUUUGGAGCUGGAAGCAGAGCUGAAGAAGAUGGCGCCGCCGAAUGGGAGAGCUGUUCUGCUGUUCCGUGCCAGGUGCGGAUGUUCUGUCGGAACAAUGGAGGUUCCUGGACCUAGGAAGCCUCGAAAGGUUAAGAAAUAGUCACAGUAUUGUUUCUUAAAUUUGAAUAUAGUAAUAAUAAGUAUAUCUAUAUAUACAUUAUAUACAAUAUAUAUGCAGCAUAUUUGGUAGAGACAUAAUAUGACAGAUUGCCCCAACCCCGGGGCCCAACACCUCGGGCUGAGGCCGAGGAUAAAUCACGGUGACUCAAUGAUUCAGUGAUUCAGUAGAAUCUUCUCUGAACAAUAUAGGCCCUUGGAAUAAGCUUAUGAACAUGAAAUGUAUGAUUAGUUUGCUAUAGUGGAAAAAUUCAAGAUUCCCUUACUCUUACUAGCUUUAUUUAUAUAUA